AUGGCAGCAUCCAAUAAAACAGCAGCUGUAUACCGACUGAUUAUGGUUGGCAGUGGUGGUGUUGGAAAAUCAGCUCUCACCCUUCAGUAUAUGUACGAUGAAUUCGUUGUGGAUUACGAGCCAACAAAAGCCGAUUCCUAUCGAAAAGCAGUGAUGCUUGAUGGUGAAGAAGUUCAAAUUGACAUAUUAGAUACUGCUGGCCAAGAGAACUAUGCUGGUUUGUUUACUCUGAAUAACUAUGCGGAUAUUUCUGAUGAUUGUAUUUUAGCAAUUCGAGAUACGUACAUUCGUAGUGGUGAAGGUUUUCUUCUUGUAUUCGAUGUCACUGACGGUGAAUCGUUUUCUGAUCUCAACGAACUCUAUGAACAAAUUUUGCGUGUCAAAAAUGGAGGAACAAAUAUUCCCGCAAUCUUAGUAGGAAAUAAAAUCGAUUUAGCUGAACGACGCAAAGUUACGUUGGAAGAGGCAGAGCAAAAAGCACGUAGUUGGUCGAUUCGGUACAUUGAAACAUCAGCUAAAACAAAGCAUAAUGUUGAUAAAGUUUUCUGUGAAUUGAUGCGUAUUGUCCGUCCGUUUAAGAAUCCCGUACGCGAAACACACACAGUUGCACCACCUGGCCGACAAAUCAAACCUCAGAAAACAAAAAAAGGUUCCAAAUGUGUUAUUUUAUAA